CAGUCGAAUAUCAGUUUGAUCAUCCAAACUUAUCUGCCUAAUCAAUCUAGGCGCAUACGCCUAGAAACACAAUCUCGCUGCAUAAGUGAGGCACAUAACCACCACUUAAUACCUAAGGCUACGCAUGCUUUUUGCAACACUAUUAUUUGGAGUUUAGAAAUUUUAAAUUGGAACUCAUUUAUAACUGUACAAGACAAAUAAAAAAGAUGAAAAAGAGUGAUCUCAAUCUUGUGUACUAUACAGAAUGAACAAUUGUCUCCUUGCUGGGGUCUCUGGUGGAGGUUGGCUGGAAGACACUUCCCUGGUUGAGAAAUAUAAGAUUUCGGAUGAAGAAUACAAUAAACGUGAUGGUACUUUCAGAAAAUUCAAGGAAAAUUUGGCAUCUCAAAAUGCACCAGCUCUUGGGACCAAAACAUCAGAUGACAACAUGCAAGACCUCUGCACGAACAUCAAGGCAGAAGCUCUAGGACCAGGUUUCUGGAUUGGAGUUCAGUAUGAUGAACCAUUAGGAAAACACGAUGGCAUGGUGAAAGGAGCACGUAUUUUGACUGCCCUCUCCUUCAUGGUGCAAUGGUUAGGCCAAACAAAGUUGGUGACUAUGCUGAACGAGAUCCCUUUGAGGAAGAUGAAACAUGAUAAGAGUAGGAAGGACGAACCGGCAGCAAAACCAAAUUCCUUUAACUUUCACUUCACCUCUUCCUUUCUUCGAUUUCUUUGCCCAAAAGGGUGCUCCCAAAAUCUCAUCUUUUUAGCUUUUGAAUCCAGAUACAAGCAACAGAAAGCUGAAGAAACAAAGGAAGAACAGAUGGCGAUGCCAUUGGGGAUGGCUCUGUGGAUCUCAAAGAUGGUGUGGGUGGCUCUGAGAGGGUGGGUUUCUUCUUGCUUGACCGUCGCCGAUGAGUUCGCUAGCUCUCUCCGAAGCGGUGAUAUUGGGCCCUUUCAUGUUGGCUGAUUGACUUUUGCUCUAUUCUCUCCGCAGGUGGUGGCUUUUGGGAAUUUCAAUUGCCCUGUAGCUGGUGCUGGACUGUUUGCAAGGAAUGUAUUUAUAUAUUACAUGAGUGACUUCCUAGUAUGCUUCAAACUCAAUUAUUAUGUUUAUGGAGUUGAUUCAUCCACAAUCUUAUUUCACAAGCCAUAUGUCAUUAAACAAGUGUAUGCAUACCAAUUCAUGAACUUUCCUUAGAGUCAUUACUGUCGUCGUAGUAGGACCAUGAGUGGUGAAGUAAACUUGUGGAUGAAUCAAUUUGCUUUUGCUUUAUAUGCUUCAACAUCUGUGAGAGGACUCAGAUGUUUUAGUAGAAGAAAAUAGUCUUGAAAACCUUUCCAUCAAAGCCAUGUUCAAAUUCUCAUUCCCUGAAU